AUGGCCCAGGCUCUAGGGGGCGCUAGAUCGAUGUCAAGUGGCCACAAUCUUAGCGAGGGUGACCCUCGUGUUGUUCCCAGGAACCUAAGCGGCGCCAAAGCGAGUCACAACGACACCUCAAAUGGCGCUAUGGCAGAGCCCAGGGUUACACCUAGCUCAGCAGAUGGCGGCGCCAUCAGCGUGGGAGGUGUCAGUAGUAGGGAAAGUGACGCCAUCAGUGUGGGAGGCGUCAUCAGUGAGAAAGAAGGCAAUGUCCAUGGUGGGUGGCAGCCAACUGGUGACGCCAGUGGAGUGGGCCAGAUUGGUAGGGAGGCGGGCGAGCGCAGACUAGGUGGUGUCGGUGGGCAAGGCAACGCCGGUGGAGGCUUGGGCGAGAUAAUCCCCAUCGAUGGAGGCUCAAGCAUAUUGAGUAACAUCGGGAAACGUGUGGAUAAGUUUAGUGGCGUCUUUGGGCACUUGGGUAAUGCAGGGAUGCGGCUAGACAGUGACUUGGACGAAUAG